AUGACGAAGAGCGACCUCUGCGCAAACGCAAACGGAGGGAGCCUCCGCCGCCUGUCAUCCCCGAAGACGAGACGCCAGAGCAAGGUGCGUGAUACUAUACAAUCUCUGAGUGAAAAUACUGACCAAGUAUCAGCUCGCCGACGUGAGCUGAAUCAGCGCAUCGACGAGGUCAUCAAGCCGAAAAAGUCGAACAGGCCCCGCAAGCGGAGGGGCAACGAGGAAGUCCUUGACAGCUAUGCCGACGAUGAAGUGGCUCGUUUGCGUGAGCAGAUGCGGGAAGCGGUCGAAGAGGACAAGAAGUAUAGCAGCCAAGGUCUUCCUGCAAUCUCCAAACUGCGCAUCCUGCCCACAGUGAUGUUGACGCUGCGCAAGGCGUCUCUUGCCCAGUCUAUCGUCGACAACAACCUCCUGCAGCAGGUCCGUGAAUGGCUCGAGCCACACCAUCCCGACCCCUCCCUCCCCGCGCUCAACAUCCAGCGCGAGCUCUUCAGCACGCUCCGCAAAAUGGACUUCAUCGACGCCUCCGUGCUGAAAGAGAGUGGCCUCGGCAAAGUCGUCGUCUUCUACACCCGCUGCAAGCGCGUCACGCCCGAGAUCCAGCGCAUCGCGAGCGAGCUGUACACGCUGUGGGCGCGCCCCAUCAUGAAGCGCUCCGCGUCGUACCGCGACCGCAUGGUCCCGCAGGCGCAGAUCACCGAGCUUCCGCGCGGCGACCGCCUGCCGACGAUCAUGGCGAAGGCGGCGAAGGAGCAGGGCUCGCGCGCGCGCAAGAACGCGGUCACGAUCCCUCAGCGUGAGCUCGGGGACUACACGGUGGCGCCUGUUGCCAUCAAGCAGACGUCGGCGAGCGUCGCGGAUGACAUGAAGCGGCGCCAUAUGCAGAACGAGAGCUUGCGGCGGCUCAACAAGAAACUCAUCACGGCGACGAAGCAGGCGUAG